AUGGCACCCAAGAUUAAGCUCUACACAGCUGGCACGCCUAAUGGGCAGAAGAUCAGCAUAGCUCUUGAGGAGCUCGGCCUCGAGUAUGAGGUACACAAGAUAGACAUUACCAAAAAUAUCCAGAAGGAGCCCUGGUUCGUAAAGAUUAACCCCAACGGCCGCAUCCCAGCCAUAGUAGACGAGUCCUCCUCCCCGCCCCAGCGCGUCUUCGAGGGCGGCGCCAUCCUGCAGUACCUCACGGCGCGCUACGACCAGGACCACAAGCUCUCGUUCGCCCACGACACGGCCGAGUACUGGGAGUCCAUCUCGUGGCUGACGUGGAUGCAGAGCGGCAUCGGGCCGAUGCAGGGGCAGGCGAACCACUUUUACCGGUACGCGCCGGAGAGGAUCGAUUAUGCUGUCGCGCGGUACCAGACGGAGACGAAGCGGUUGUAUCAGGUUCUGGAGGACAGGCUUUCCCAGGAGGCUGGGGAAAAGGAAGGGAAGGACGGUGGUGGUGGUAGAGAGGUGUGGCUUGUGGGUGGAAAGUAUACGAUUGCGGAUUUGGCUUGUUUCUCUUGGGUUGAGUGGCACCGCUGGGCAGGAGUGGAAAUUGACAGUUUCCCUCACGUUCAGAAGUGGAAGGACGAGAUAGAGAAGAGACCAGCGACGGAAAAGGGUCUGAAUGUGCCUGACAAGUUUGAGCUCAGGGAGGCGAUGAAGACGAAAGAGGGGGAGGAGGAAUAUGCCAAACACCACUCGAAUUGGGUCAUGCAGGGCCAAAAGUCAGAACAAGACAAGCACAAGUGA